AUGGCCGCCAGGCUGCUGCUCCUCUCCUUCGAUUGCCCGGCCGUCGCUGGCGGGCGGCGGUCUCGUCUGUCUGCAAUGCCACGGAUGUCUUCCGGUGCUCCCCUCGUGCGGCCCCCAGCCUCAUCCGUCGGCGCGUUCGCGGUCACCGCCGCCAGAGGCAACCUGCCGCACCACACCUCCGUGGUUGUGGAGGGUGGUGGAGUUUACACUGUUCGUGACUUUAUGACUAAAAGGGAACAACUCCAUGUUGUGAAACCAUCCACUUCAGUAGAUGAAGCUCUUGAGAGGCUGGUGGAGCAUCGAAUAACUGGCUUUCCUGUUACCGAUGAUCACUGGAAUUUGGUUGGUGUGGUCUCAGAUUAUGAUCUGUUAGCACUGGACUUGAUAUCAGGAAAUGGACAGGCUGAAGCGGACAUAUUUCCUGAGGUGGACAGCACUUGGAAGACUUUCCAUCAGAUACAAAAGCUCUUAAGCAAAACCAAUGGGAAAGUAGUUAGUGAUGUUAUGACUUCUGCACCUCUUGUGGUGCGUGAAACUACUAACCUUGAAGAUGCUGCAAGGUUACUUCUUGUUACUAAAUACCGCAGGCUGCCAGUAGUCGACAGUUCGGGCAAAUUGGUUGGAAUCAUCACAAGAGGGAACGUCGUCAGAGCUGCUCUUGAGUUUAAGAAAAAUGUUGAAGGGAGUCUUUGA